ACAAGCUACGCCUUAUCCCGCCAGAGCAGCUCACAGAGACAGGAAAUCCUAAACUCACUCAGCCCGGCUCUGAUCACAGCCACUGCUUUAUCUCACACACGCGCUCGCUCGCCCGCUCACCGGCCACUCUCACACAAAGGAGGAUGGCUGCGUCCACCGUGAAAAUGAAUGGAUCCUGGGGAAGGAUGGCGUUGGCCCUGGUUCUGAGCGUUCUGCUCCUGCAUGAUGGUGUGGUCGGUCAGGAGAAUGCAACUAUGGCUUCUGAAGGUGUUUUUUCUUCAGAGGUCACAACACCUGCUGCUGCAACCACUCCUGCCAUCUCAACAGUUGCAUCUACAAUGCUAAUCACAGAGGAAAGCCCAGAGGGCAACCCAACCACAGGCACGCCGACCACAACUCCAGAGGCUGUUCCCACAGGAGUACCGGACCCGACCACAGCUGAACCGACAACACUGGAGACCACACAAACCGCAGCUUUGUCAACCGCUGCCCCAGAGACAAGCAGCACCCUCACAGCCACACCGGAGGCUGGAACAGACUCCCAGCAGACUACUGAAACUGUGACAUCAGCCCCAGCCACUGACCCAGUCUUCAGCACCGCCACCGUGGAGCCAACUGACACACAGACCUCAGAACAGACCCUUGAAAGCACCUCUGUACUUCAGACCAUGACAACCACGAUGGCCCCUACCGUACCCAUUGUGAGUAUCAUCCAGUGUGUGGAAAAAGAAGCCGUUAGCAACAAAGAUGCAGUGAAGCUGGAACUAGUGAAGGCGUCCAGCUGUGAGCUCACCAAGGAAAAAAUAAAAAACACUGCAACAGACCUGUGUGAAGAAGACUGCAAACUUUACAUUUUCCAGGAGGAGAAUUCCAAUAUUGCCAUUGUUGCAGGCUCAAACAUUGAAGCUAAUGUAAUGGCAAUGGCAGACAAGUUCAACAGUGAGCCCAUUAAGGACGAGCUGGGACUGAUUGAGGCCACACCACAUUGGGGAAAACCCCCCCCGACGGUGCUGGUGGCCCUGCUGAUAUCUGGCCUGGCGCUGGCCGCCCUGCUCAUCGGAGGCUACGUCCUGAAGCAACGCCGCAGCCGCAGGGCCAAGGGCAUGAGGCUGGCUGAGGAGUCCUAUCAAGCAGAUGAGGAGAACCAGGGUAACUCCCUGGUUUCGGUGGCCCCUCUGACCCCCCCGGAGCACCAGCAGAAGCCCAGUGUCAAUGGGGAGUCCCCCAAGGGGGCAAAGAUCGUGCCCCCUCCCGCUGCCACCAACGGCCACUCCACUGCCAAGGCACCCAUGGCUGACACUGAGCUGUGAGCCACAACCUGGACACAAAAGGACAGAAUACCCCCGCCCCCCACCCCUUCCCCAACCCCUUUGCACACCCAACCAGCCAGGUGACACCAGAGAUUGACACAAAAAUCUCCUACACCCCAAUACCCAUCCCCCCUGGAUCCCUUCCACACUCUCUCCUUAUUCUGAUUUUUGCUUGAAGGAAAUGGGCGACCCAAAGCCCAGCAGUAAUGGCACCAGUGAAUGAGGACUGCAGUGGUAGUACUUGCAGCUGCAGUGAUGACAGAGCUGUGUGUGUGUGACCUUGCGGAUGCUGACUGCAGUGGAAAGACUGGGUGCACUGGGACAAGACUGAGUGGAGGACUGCAGCGUGAUAGGUCCCACAUUAAUCAACACAGGGUCCCAUGCCUGCAGUUUAGGAAAUGCUCACUCCUGUUAUAAGUCACUUCAACUCCACUAUCAAUGCCUGUGAGAGUCCUACAGGUUUCCAUGUGUUUUGGUUUCCUCAAAGUCCAUGUUGUACAUUCAAGGCCAGGUAGCACAAAUUCUAAGUACUUAUCGCUGAACAUAAAUCAUUUGCAACCAUGAUCACAAGUCAUACAAAUUGUAUGGCAAGCUGUAAAUAAGCUGUUAAGCUGUUUACAAACUUAUCACAUGUCAAAUGGAUGUGAGCUUUGUGUGUUUUCAUUUGAUCAUUUGUUUAUAUGAGAGUGUGAUGAUUCAAUGUAUAGGUAUAGACUAGUCCUACACUAGUUUGACUGCGAUGCGAAAUGACAAGGUGAUGGGUGAGGAGAACGAGACCAGGUCUUCUAAUGGUGCUUAAUAUCACGUUAUCUGAAAGAGACGACGCAGAUAAUGCUCCACUUCAUUACUGCAAGCUUUUCCAGGAUCAGGCAAUGGCCUGAUAGGAAGGGCAGAGGCUCCAGCGCAGGGAUGCUGCACUUGUCGCUUCAGCAGCAAUGUCAUUGGCUACUACUGAAAUCCAGAUUCAGCGUGAUUGGCAGGUGGAGCCCAUGACACAUCUACUGGAGUCUGAGCUGCUCUGUUUUUUUCUUGAUUUUUUUUUUGUUGUUGUUUUUUUAAGGGAACCUCCACUGGAAUAAAACAGAAGCCCAGAAUGCAUUUUGAGCUAAUGGUUUUUAUUUCACCAGUGGAGAUUCCCUUUCAAUGCCAGUGUAAUGUUCUUUGUUCUUGUGUUUAAUACUUCGUAAUGUCAUAGCCCCAACAUUAGUAUCUUCAAGUGGUAUUUUUAUUUCUUAACAUUGACUCUUACUACUGUGCAAACUGUGCUCAGCCAAAGACAAAUGCCGAACAGGUGAGCCACAGAAUCAGGGAGUGUUGAGGAGAGUUUCUGGGUGACCAUAUUCAAGAAACAAAGUAUGUGGAUUUCUUUUUUUUCUGACAGGGACUGGAUUUUCAGUACACUUGCAUGAGCCUAAUAUAGUGUUCUCAGAUCGAAGUUUAUGAAUGGUGCAUAGCAGCUAUUCCAAAUGUUUUCUUUAGGUUUUAAGUUCAAUGGAGCAACCCCUGUAUGUUCAAAAUAAGAUGUCUUUGUGAUUUGUGGUUUUGAUUGAGUCCUUUUUAUUGAAAGAAGGGAACGAACUUGUGUGCAAAGCCAUUUUAUUCUGGCUUGCUUUAUUUCACAUCAGUUACUGCAGCGUUCUUAACUGGUUCUCAGAAUAUGUCUUUGUUGAAGAGAAGCCAGAAGCCUCAGAACAUAGAGCUUAGCGUCUCAAGGGCAGUGCGGUCUGAGAACUCCACAUGAUUGAUUCAGGCAGUGCGAGACAGGGGGAUGAUAUUUCAAAUUAAAUCCUUUCUGAUAUGUUUAUAAUUGAAAUCUACAGGGCUUUUUUACUAAAUUUUUACUGAGGCAUCUUCAUAAAUACUUUUUCAGAAAAGAAAAUAAGCAGCAACAUCCCUAUAAUUAGAUUUUCCAUCGCGAAAAUCACUUGACAUCCCAACAUCAUUGUGCAGUCCGGUUCUAUGGAACCAUUCCAUUAACGCAAGAUUACUUCUGCAGUUUGUUUCCCUUUCAGUUAUGUUUACUUUUGCUGGAUUAAAUGGAGGUUCAAUUUUACAGAAUUGGCCAUUAUCUGUUUCUAAGUGUUGAAUUUGUCUGUCAUGCUUGGUAAUAGUACGCAACCUCAUGCUUUAGUAUCUUAAGAGUUUAAUUGCAUUUUAGAUGUGUUUUACUGGCAUGGAAUUGCAUAGUCGUAUAACUUAACAUUAGGGAAGGAAAUAGCAUACGUUGAAACUUAAAAUCAAGGAUGAAAUCUUAAUGGCAUAUCUCUAUAUUAAAAGCACAGGAAUAGAGAUAUGAAUUUAAUACUGCAAGAUUUAGAAUGCUGUUGGUCCUAUAACUGGAAUAUGUCUUAUAAUUCUUAGCACAGAAGUGUGUGUUUUCCUUUUCUUUUUUUGUUGAUAACAUUCCAGAUCCAACUUUUAAUUACACUAGUGGCCAAUAAAAUGAUACUUUGACUCAUGUUCAGGAUAUGAUUAUAUAUAAGAAAAUAAACACAUUUUUGUAUGAAUUAUUUCAUUGUUCAUAAAACAAUUUUGUAUGUGUAAAUAAAACUGCCUUCUCCUCCCUGUAUGA